AGCAGUUUUGACUUUUGAGUCUUUCGCUCGACUCAUCCUGUCAUCCAGUGCCAAAAAAAGUUUUUCAACGAAGUUUUUGAAUUUAUAAGCGCAGUAAUAUGUUUCCUUUCACUUAUUAAUUUAACAGCAGAUGCUGCAGGAAAUGAGUUAAGCAAAUCUCAGUGUGUUACCUGAUUCCAUACCGAUCGCCGAAGUGCUUGUGCAGCUUGUCGUUCUGAUUCAACAGAUUGAUUACGGUUUGGCUUGGCGUGUACUAAUCACCACAAAAACUGCAAAAUGCCUGAAAAACCAGAAAUCUCUGGAGUUGUGUCGGAUUUAACCACCUCACUGCGCAAUCUGACAGCAAGCGGACCUGUGAUCGCGCCAGCAGCGUACGAGCCGGUCCAGGCUCUAACCCGUCCUCACAUCGACUCCUUUAACUUUGCUAUUGGCGAUGGAUUGCGCUACGCUAUCGAGGAUAUUCCCUGGCAGCGCGUAAAGCUAAAAGAUGGAAGGAUUGUGGGGCUGAAAAUCAGGGAAGCCAGCGUAAAUAAACCGGAUAAUACCAACGCCAGAACUGUCAAUUCGCAACUGAGACCAACCGAGUGUCGGCAAAGAAAAAUUACAUACGCUGGUGCCUUGAAGUUGAAGCUACGGUGGUCGUUAAAUGGAGAAGAAAUGGGUGAUUUUGAGCGACCAGGUGGCGAGAUUCCAAUUAUGGUUAAGUCAAGUAAAUGCCAUCUUCACGGUUUGACGCCGAAACAGCUGAUCAAAUGUGGAGAAGAGGAAAACGAGUUUGGAGGAUAUUUCAUUAUUAAUGGGAAUGAAAAGUUGUUACGACUGCUGAUAGCACAGAGGGCGAAUUAUGCGAUGGCUAUCAAGCGUAGCAGUUGGGCAAAAAAAGAAAAGGAUUUCACGGAGUUCGGUGUUACUGUUCGCUGCGUGAAACGAGAUGGGACUGCCAACACGAACGUGCUCCAUUACCUCAGCACCGGAACUUGCACUCUGUCAUUUGUCCUGGAUCGAGAGCCGUUUUAUGUGCCAGUGAUGCUUGUAAUUCGAGCUCUCACGAAUUGGUCCGACAAGGAAAUCUUUGAAGAAAUUGCCAAAGGCCAGGAAGACAAUGUUUUUCUGAAAGGAUGUGUAAUGUCCAUGAUGAGGCAGCUGUUAGCAGAAAAGAAAGACAAGCUAUACAGUCAAAAGGGAGCGCAGAAAUUCUUAGGGCAGGAAUUCCGAAGUAAAUUCCGGGAUGCCGACUUCUAUACUGACGAGGAAAUUUGCGAAAUAUUGUUGAAGCGAUGCGUAGCCAUUCAUCUGGAAACGAACGAAGAACGCGUGCGAUUUUUAUGCUUCAUGGUGAGAAAGUUAUACGUAUUUGUUCGUGGAGGAUGUGCAGUGGAGAAUCCUGAUAGUCCUAUGAAUCAGGAUAUUCUGACUUCUGGAAACACGUAUCUUGUUGUUCUUAAAGAAAGAUUGGAAAUUCUCGUCAGAAACGCGCUGUUUGCCAUUCAAAAAGCAAUGGAUAGGCCGGGGACAAAAACCAAAGCCUUGACCACGCAGUACGUGUCCGAAGAGUUCAGCAGAGGAGGACUAGUUACUCGUCCCAUGCAGUAUUUCUUGGCUACCGGAAAUCUCAACCCUAAAACAUUGGUUAAUCUCCAACAGACUUCCGGUUUUGCGGUGGUCGCUGAUAAAAUCAACUACAUGCGUUAUAUAGCACAUUUUCGAUCCGUACAUCGCGGUGCAUUCUUCCAAGAAAUGCGGACCACAGCCUGCCGGAAACUCCUACCGGAAGCAUGGGGAUUUAUGUGUCCUGUUCAUACUCCUGAUGGAGCACCGUGUGGAUUGUUGAACCACCUAGCUGCUGCAUGUCGGGUAGCGAGGGGAUGUCCAGUUCCCCCAAAAUUUCUGGACUUACUGCGAAGUCUCGGAAUGAUUGAUCCGGAUGCCGUUCCAAUGGGAUUGUUCAUGGAGUAUCAUGUUGUAAUGGUGGAUGGAAAAAUGGUGGGAUGGUUACCGGAUCACAGUGCUGCUGAAGUCGUCGAUUAUUUGCGAGUAUUAAAGACGUCGGGGAGUAUACCAGAGGACACAGAACUAGCGUUUGUGCCGAAGAGCGAUUAUGCUGGACAGUUUCCGGGAUUGUAUGUCUUCCUGUCCAGUAUGGGACGGUUCAGCAGACCGGUGAUCAACCUCCGUACCAAUACUGUCGAAUGGAUUGGAUCUUUCGAGCAGGUGUAUCUCAACAUCUGCAUAAAGAAGGAAGAGGCUUAUCCAGAUCUGACGACCCAUAUGGAACUGACAGAGCAAGUGUUUUUGUCGGAGGUAGCUGCCAUGAUCCCGUUUUCGGAUCACAACCAAAGUCCCAGGAACUUGUACCAGUGUCAGAUGGGAAAACAGUCUAUGGCUACACCGGUAUUAAACUGGCCGGCACGCGCCGACAACAAAUUAUACCGUAUUCAGACACCGCAGUCGCCUUUAGUUAGGCCAAAGGCCCAUGAAUAUUUCAAAAUGGAUGAUCAUCCGAUGGGAACGAAUGCCAUCGUUGCGGUCAUAUCCUUCACGGGAUACGAUAUGGAGGAUGCCAUGAUUAUUAACAAAGGCUCUUUUGAACGUGGCUUUGGUUAUGGAAGCAUCUAUAAAUCUGAAUUCAUUGAUUUGAGAGAGAAGUCCAAAAGUUCAAAAGCCACGUAUGUUUUCGGAGUUGUCAGUUCGGAUGCCAAGCUUCGAAAUCUUGGGCCCGACGGACUGCCGUACGUGGGCACACGCAUUGAACCAGGCGACGUGUUGUGCUGUUAUUAUGAUAAAAUAUCCCAGAGACAAAAAAUUGAGACAUGGGAUGAACUGGAGAUGGGUAUUGUGGAUAGUGUCCGUUGUCUGGGUUCGGAAAGCGGAAGCGAGGUGUACAAUCAUGUGUGCAUCACUAUGCGUAUACCUAGACCGCCGACAGUGGGCGAUAAAUUUGCCAGCAGACACGGACAAAAAGGUGUGUGUAGCAAAUUGUACCCUGUGGAAGAUAUGCCGUUCACUGAAUCCGGCAUGAUUCCUGAUAUUAUCUUCAACCCUCACGGCUACCCUUCCCGUAUGACGAUUGGGAUGAUGAUUGAAACAAUGGCCGGGAAAGUGGCAGCUCUGGAUGGAGUGAGUUUCGAUGCUACACCCUUCGUCUACGGCGAGGAUAACACAGCGAUUGAACGUUUUGGGCAAAUGCUACAAACGGCAGGGUUCAACUUUUAUGGAAAUGAGAGAAUGUACAGUGGAGUGGACGGACGAGAACUGGAAGUGGCUAUCUUUUUCGGUGUGGUGUAUUAUCAGCGUUUACGGCACAUGGUGUCGGAUAAGUAUCAGGUGCGAACCACCGGCGCUGUGGAUGAACUGACUGGUCAGCCAAUUAAGGGUCGAAAGCGGGGCGGUGGAACGCGCUUCGGUGAGAUGGAACGGGAUGCUCUCAUUGCACACGGCGCUUCAUAUCUGUUGCAUGAUCGUCUGUUCAACAAUUCAGACGGAACAACUAGUCAAGUUUGCAAAAUGUGUGGGAGUAUAUUGUCACCGAUUGUGAUACCGCGGGAAGAUCCAGCCGACGCAUCACUGCCCAUACAGUGGAUGUGUAAAGUGUGCCCGAACGGUGGAAAGGUGGUGACCGUGAGAAUACCGCAAGUGUUUCGGUAUUUGGUGGCAGAGUUAGCGUCGUGUAAUAUGAAAAUUAUGCUAAAAAUUGAGAAGUCAGCAUGAAAACUUGCUCUAGUAAAGUUUUAUUUGUUCUGUCGUUUGGUUUUCGUUGUCUGUGAUAAUGCCAUGCUAAAAUAAAAGUGCCGAGCUGGUGA